UUUGCGCUGGUAGUGUGCAGUUGCUCAGUGCAUAAGUCAAGUGGCUGAUUAGCGUCGUAGCUAGCAAAUUAUGUCUUUAGCUAAGUAGAUUUAGCUAGCUACCGCCUGCCUCACUUUGUUGUCAACGUGAUUAAUUUUAUAGUCUAUUUUAUUUGGUAACGGCAGCUGCAUUGCGUGAUUCUAAAAACAUGAUCCCAGAGCUGACCAGGCCCUCUGUGUACAUGCGGGACGGUACGAGGGUGGAGGGGGUCAUCCAGGCAAUGCGCCAAGCCGGAGCCAAUGCCCUACAGGUCAUCUCUGAUUUCGACAUGACGCUUACCAGGUUCUCCUACAAUGGAAAACGCUGCCCUACCUGUCACAACAUUCUGGACAACAGCAAGCUGAUCAGUGAAGAGUGCAAGGAAAAGCUGAAGGACCUACUGAACACGUACUACCCCAUCGAGAUCAACUCUGGCCUUUCAGCCGAGGAGAAGCUGCCCCUCAUGGUGGAGUGGUGGACGAAGGCUCACGCACUGCUGGUCCAGCAGAAGAUCAAGAAGGAUCUGCUGUCCCCGGUGGUCAGGGAGUCCAGCGCCAUGCUCAGGGAGGGGUACCAGCUAUUUUUCGACUGCCUCCAGGAACACAGCGUCCCCCUGCUGAUAUUCUCCGCUGGCAUCGGAGACGUGCUGGAGGAGGUCAUCCGGCAGGCCGGCGUCUUCCACCCCAACGUCAAGGUCUUCUCCAACUACAUGGACUUCGAUGAGAAUGGUGCUCUCCAGGCCUUCAAAGGGCAGCUGAUUCACAUCUAUAACAAGCGUGAGGGGGCCCUGCUCAACUCCGGCCACUUCCAGGAGCUGCGUGAUCGGCACAACGUCCUGCUGCUGGGGGACUCGCUGGGCGAUCUCACCAUGGCCGACGGCGUGUACGGCAUGGAGAACAUCCUGAAGAUCGGAUAUCUCAAUGACAAGGUGGAGGAGCGGAAGGAGUCCUACCUGAAGGCCUAUGACAUUGUGCUGGAACGGGACGAGACCAUGAACGUAGCUAACGCCAUCCUGCAUCACGUCACCGGGGGGCAGUGAACCGUGUCGGGGGGCCCAUAGCCCCCAAGGACUGGCCAUGAGCAUUUCCAGUGCUGGAAGUGUGGUGGCCAACCACAUCAGUUGUGGACAGCGCCCUCUAGAGAUGGGUACUGCCUCUAUAUCAAUGAUGGCUAUGACACCGGGCUGCCAAGAGUUGAUCUGUUUCAAGAUAUUCUGCUCAGUCAUUUAUUUGGCACCAAGGUUUUAUUCUAGUCUAAUAUUGGAGCGAACCCAUUGCCAUUAUUCUAGCCUCGUUUCUGCUGUUCGGAAAAUGAGGCUAGAAUAAUCGGUUGGAAUGGAAAUGAGACUCUUUGUUAGGUUUGCCUGUUAUUUGCAAUCAUGUUUCUUGUCAUUUAAAUGUCCCCUCCCCCCAAAUGUGGUCACAUGCGGGGGUCACUCACUGCCAUUUUGUCUGGGAACAAUUUCACAUGGCACACUUCCACGGCUAACCCGUACCGCAAAGGGGCUAUGGGCAGGACUAUGUAUGGAAACUCUGAAGGCUAAUUUCUAUUUUGUCGCAUGACACUUUCAGCAAGUGUCACUUGACGUCAUAAACGACUUUUCAACUGAAAAGAGAGAGCUUGCCGUUUGCGUACCGUCAAACUAUUUGACGAAAUGAAAGCAUCUUCAUUUGUAUUUGAAAUGUUAUACAGAUGUUCAAAUGUUGGCUAGCAAUGGAUGCAAAUUUAGUUGGCUGCUUUAGCCAUGUCAUUUAAUGGCUAACAUCUAAUCUUUUUACAAGUUAGGUUAAGUCUGGCUUACUAUCCUACUUUCUAAUCACAGAGACAAAGAGAAAGAAGUUCCCUGUAUGCGAGCGGCCCUUGAGAUGGAUUAUUAGUCAGCUUUACAGUUCUGCUCAGGAGUUUACCUGCUUUGCCUAGGACCACGGAUGUGCAGCCCAGAGGGGAGCUCGGUGUCUCCGCCAUUUCUCACCAGGUUCUGGGCAACAUUCAUAAAGACACGGGGCCUUGGCGUCUCCCCUGAGUUUGGCUACAGUCGUGCUUGGAGUUCCUGAAGCACACAAGCAGUGUGUUCCAUUUCAAAGCGCUCAAUACUUGUCGGGGAUUGGUCAGUGGUGCCAGCCUAUCACAGCACUCGCCCGGUCACGGGGGUGAGAGUGCUGUGACUGGUCGCCCCAGAGACAGUGUCUGUCUCUGCCUCCCAAUGGGUGAGAAUGAUACGGGAGUGGGAGCUAUCCAUAUUCUGACGCCGGGCUGGAGGUGGACACACCAGAUGAAACCCAAAAAGGGUUGGCAAACUUUUGUUAACAAAAUUCAACAAAAACUUCCUCAAAAUGAAAAAUUAUGUCAAUAUGGCAACCCAAAAUUCAACGCCAAGAAGUCAUGGAGGAACAAAGAUACCCUCACAAACGGGCUCCUGCAGCGUUGUCCACAAACAAUCUCAGAAUCCCAACUCUUUCUUCCAGGCCUGAAAACCAGGCCUCUUAUAUAGCCCAACGGGCCAGAGCUACAGUGAUUGCAAUUAAUCACAGCUGUGGCCCUCCCUUAUGAAGGCCUGGUGCUGCCUGAUAGAAAGCACCAGAAAACAUUUUUAACCGGUUCCAUGACUUCUAAAAUGUCUUCAUGUCCUGGGAAUGGCUGACAUUUGUAAAAUGUCUUCCACCUCUCCAAUUCAAUUUCCUUGGGUGCAAAAUGUAAACAAAUGGUCAAGAGUUUGAUGUCUCAUUGCCAUAGACAACAGAACCCCCAAGCCUUCAGCGAAAUGUAAAUGUCAAACGUCACGAAACGCCAUCACUUUCGUUGAGCGACACUUGUUGAAAAGUCCAGCGACAAAGUAUAAACUGGCCUUGCCAGCUGAGACAUGCCCUCCUCUCACUAUUUUUUAUUUCAAAGCAACAAAUGUUAGCGGUGAUUUAUGAUUGUACUGUUUUCAAAGGAAGUUUGUUGUCGUGCCUUUCUAACACCUAGCUGUUCCUAAACCUGUUUAGCAUUGCUUUGUGUCCAGUCAUUGAGCUGAACACGGUAUCGGUCUGUUCCUUCAGAUGGGGGCUCAUAGUCUUGUGUGUUUCUGCUGUGGUGCUGUAUUUAAAACAUUUCCGUUACCUUCAGUAUUGCUCACGUAAGGGUGGCUUGUAAAUCGCUGAUUUGCAUCUGAAUACCCACAGUGUAGAAAGGGAAAUAAAUGGUGGCUUUCAACAAAAUAUUUUGUUUUUUACUUUGUCAUUCUGGUAUGUAACCAACUACUAAUGAACUGAAGAAGUGCCUCUUAAUUUCAAUAUACUGUGUCUCAGCAAGGUUGUCUGAAAACCUUUCUGACCAAAACAGUGCAUUUUAAUUUCAGCCUAAACAUGUACUUCAAAGUAUGCUACGUAUGUGACUGUUUCUCACACUGUUUUGGCAGCAGAUAUAAAAGCAGAUUGAAUUUGCCCCAUUUAAAUCUCUGAUGCACAGAGAUGCUUAGAAAAUAUAUAGUUAAUCUAGUUUCUCAUAGCUGCCCAGAAAUGGACAAACUAAUGUUGGGGUUUAGAGUACAAAGCUGUCCACCGUAAAUAGUCUCUGCGCCUACAAAAAGGAUUUUGUCAUUUUGUGCCAAUUUGGAUGUUGUCUUCAUCUCAGGUUCAUAAAUUUUUUGGGAGGCAUUUGGUCUUAUAAAGGGUUAUCAUGGUCUAAACCUGUCUGUUGUGUUAUGAUCAUGUGUUUUUUUCUUUUUUUCCCAAAAUUACGUCUAUAGGUUUUUGUUGAUGCACCUAAACUUGCAAGACAAUGGUCAAGUGUGUCCCCAAUGUUGUUAAAAUCAUUGUUAAAGCAUUGUUGUUUAACCACAAUUCAGAAUUGAUCGGUUUUGCGGUCCUUGCACCUUGGACGAAAAGAAAGAGUUGAAAAGUUUAUUGUAAACUAAAUAGAAUGGUUUCUGUUCGGGCAAGGGAUGUUUAAUUCUGAUGUUGUAAUUUGAAAAUUGUGCAUCUUUUUUUAAUAAGUAAAACAUUUUUCCCCAAACGUUUUAACAUAAUCCUUUAUACUGUUUGUGGUAAAAUGACACUUGACAUAUUUGACAGGCGUGAUUUU